GUUUGAGCGACAGAACCUCCUUUUGAGGUCCCAGAAAGAAACCUUCAAGGAAACGGGACGGAACGGGUGCCCUCAUACUAGGGAACUGGAACGUUCCCCUUCUCGUAAUCAGUCGCUUCUCAUUGGCCACCUGACCAGGCCGCUCACUUCCGGUUCUCAAUCCAAGAUGGCGGCGGCAGCAACAGCGGCGGAGCUGCAGCAGCUGCAGGGCCGGCUGGAAGCCCUGGAGGGGCGCAUCUUCGGGGCUCCCGGAGGGCCCGAGGGCUCCAGGAAGAUAGCAGAUGGCUUGGUCAAAGUUCAUCUGGCACUGGGGAACAUUGCAAGCAAGAGAGAGAGAGUCAAAAUUCUUUACAAAAAAAUUGAAGAUAUUAUAAAAUAUUUGGAUCCUCAGUACAUUGACCGAAUUGCUGUUCCAGAUACAAUGAAGCUGCAGUUCAUCUUGGCAGAAGAGCAAUCCAUUCUGGCUCAAGCGGCACUCCUGGAGCAGGUGAGCAGCCUGCAGCCAUACGUGGACAGCGCACAUAUCAAAGCUGUUCCUGACCACGCUGCCAAACUGCAGAGACUCUCGCAGAUCCACAUUCAGCAGCAGGACCAGUGUGAAGCGGUGACGGAGAAUGUCCGGUUACUCCUGGAAGAUUACAACAAAAUGACUCUGCUCCUCUCCAAGCAGUUUCUCCAGUGGGAUGAAAGCCUGGCCCAGCUGGAAGCAGCAAAGCAAGUGAAGCCCCUGCCUGAGUGAGGGCAAUGCUGUAGCCGGGCACCCAGUCCUUGGCCAGCAUCUCCCUGGAAGAGACGACGGCUUCCCUGCUUCAGAUUCCAGGGUGCCCUCCCCUGGACUGCCUGCUUGAGGCAGCAGAAGCUGCUGGGACUGUAGUGCCUGUGAGCCUCGGCUGGCAGUGAUGCCGUGGGUGUCCUCCCUUGACGUUGAAAUAAGGCUGCAUGUCCGUGUGUCUGUCUGUCUUUCCCCCUCUUUAACAGUUUCUCUUUAAUUUAUUUUAGUUUCUCACUCAGCCAGUUGUUUAGGAACGCAGCUGCUGUUUCCGAGGACCAUAAUAAAAUCCUAAUGCCUUCCCA